AUGAAGCAUGUGGCGGCCGGCGCGGUCAGCGUUGGUGUGUCCGCUCUUCAUCAGAGGAAGGUUGCGGCAGGGGUAGUAGCAGCCCCUUGGCCCUCUUCAGCACCCUCUCCAGGACACAGUGGAACUAGUGCAGAGAGGGAGUGGGAGAACCUGCUGUCUUGGAUCGCUACCAGGUUCCCGAUCUGUCAUGAUAGGAAGUAUUUAUGUCUGCUUUUACCCUUAUUAACUAUUUACUUGUUCUUACUCCUUCCCUUUCACUUUUCUUCUUUGAUCCUUUCGUCUCAUGCUGCACUUAAACUCUUGAACUCUCAGACUCCGAACUACUCACAUUUCGUGCUCUCUGUGUUGCAGGUUUUAGUGGAUGCUCCAUGUUCUAAUGACAGGAGCUGGUUGUAUUCCAGCAGCAGCCAGCAGGGGGAACAGAGACUGAAGGACAGAACCAGGCUGCCUGCUCUCCAGGCUCAACUGCUGAGGUCUGCGCUGACAGCGGUGCGUCCGGGGGGAGUUGUGGUCUAUUCCACCUGCACUCUGUCCAGCUCUGAGAACUAUGCUGUGGUCAACUCAGUGCUGAAUGACUGUCCUGAGGCUGAACCUGAAGACCUGUGGGAGGAGAUUGCUGUUCCUUUAUCAAAAUACUUUACAUUUAGUCAUGCUCACCCUGAUCUUGACACACCUGAGAAGCCGUCCCUGCGGCCACUGAAUGGCUCCUCGUCCUCUAAUCCCCGCAGACUCGGCAUUUUAGUGGUUCCUCAGCCCGGCAGGACCUGGGGACCCAUGUUUUUAUCUCGGAUUAGAAGAAGGAAAUAAAGUAGGUUGUUUCCCUUUGCAAAAAAAGAGGAGCGGAACAUAUGGCCAAACAUGGACAUUUCCUCUGUACACCUUUUGUUAACUCUAGGUUUUUAAAUGCAAAGUACCUCAUGAAACCCUCCACUAGGUCACACACGCUGACAAACAUACCCUUUAACAUUUAAUAUAUCAACGUUUGGUUUUCAACUUCUUCCCCUUAAAGCCAAACUAUUUGCUCCUUUUGGCUACCCACACCCUUUUUAUUUAUUAUUUGUUAUUGUUAUGAUUUAUUGUUUAAGGGAACCACUGACACUGCACAUGUAGGAUUAAAUGAUAUUGUCUGAACAUAUUGUUAAUUGCUUUACAUCAAUAACUGUGUCCACAUUGUACAAUGAAAUCUAUAAUUUUGUAAGACUGCAAUCAUUUACAAUGUAAGAUUGUAAUAUUACAAAUUAAUUCUCAGUGCAUUUUUUUUUUGAGUAAGUGCUUAUGGUGUCUUUUGUGUUUUCUUAGUACUAUUUGACUGCAGUUACUGUAGAGAAGGAUCACCACCACAGAAACUCACAUUCAGUUUCCAGCCUUA